AUGACAAACGUGUCUGAAUUAGGCGUGACCACAUUCACUAUGGCCUCCUUCUCCGGCAUGGAGAGCUUGAACUCUGUGUACUUUUGCCUUUUCUUCUUUCUGUACAUCGUCAUUAUUGUGGAGAACACGUCGUUGAUAGGGUUGAUCGUGCUGCAGAAGAGCCUGCAUGAGCCCAUGUACCUGCUGGUGUGUAACCUGGCCGCUAACGGGCUGUACGGCAGCACGGCCCUGCUGCCCGCCAUGCUGAAACACAUCCUGUCGCGGUCUCACCAGGUGACCCUGUCCAGCUGCCUGCUGCAGGUCUUCACCGUGCACACCUACGCCAUCGUUGAGUUCACCAUCCUCGCAGCGAUGAGCUACGACCGCUACGUGGCCAUCUGCCGGCCACUGCACUACCACACCGCCAUGCCCCUGAGCAAGGUGUACAAGAUCAUCACCCUGACCUGGCUGUUGCCGUUCGUGGCUUUCCUGGCCAUGUUCUCCUUAACGCUCAACCUCCGCUUCUGUCAGCCCGUCAUGGAGAGGUUAUACUGUCUUAACUACUCGCUGGUUAGACUGUCCUGUUCAGACACGGGGUACAUGAACAUCGUGGGCAUAGUAUCCGUGUUUUUGUACACGGUACCACAGAUAGUACUUAUCUUUUACACGUACGGGCACAUUCUGAAGAUCUGUGUUUUCUCAUCUCGAGAGUCUCAGUCUAAAGCACUGCGGACCUGCACUCCCCACCUGUUGACCCUGGUUAACUACGCCAUCGGCUGCUUCUUUGAAAUAGCACAGAGUCGAUUUGAGUUAAGUCAUUUGACCUUUGAAAGUAGGAGCUUUAUGUCUCUCUACUUUUUGAUAUUCCCCCCCAUUCUUAAUCCAGCCAUAUACGGCAUGAGCAUUCAGCGAAUAAGGGCACCUGUUUUGAGGAUAUUCAAUGGCAAGAGAAAGAUCCCGGCAAAACCAUAA